CCACUGGCAACAUUCUCCAUCUCUGAUUGGCUCAUCUAAACCCAAUUGUGUCUCUACUGAAGCACUGUGGAGGAAGCUAAUUUUCCUACCAACCCUGUUAGUCACAUAGCCUGGCUUGACAAGAAGCCCCUGCAGGUGGAGGCGGACCACCCCAUUGCUACACUCCAGGCUUCCCCACGAGAAGCUGAUCUGUGCCCCUUCCCAGUGUGUCGGUGGGUGGUGGCUAAGGCCAGGAGACCUGGCUUCUAUUUCCAGAGCUGCUUGUGACUCACUGUGGCAGUGGGUGGCUCCCACUGCCCUCGCCUUCUCUGCAAAAUGAGCGUGACUACGCCUGUCCUGCUGCCUUUAAAGAACAACAUGAAGACACGGAAAUUCCCUAGAAGACAUUGUGUCCUUGGACCAGCACUUGAUUCAGCCAGUGGGAAACAAUUGGCAGAGAACUUCUUCAAGGGCAGCCACCAUGCAAGUGAGGAAGUACCUGCUGAAGGGGCUGCACCGGCUGCAGAAGGGCCCGGGCUACACGUACAAGGAGCUGCUUGUCUGGUACUGCAACAACACCAACACCCACGGCCCCAAGCGCAUCAUCUGCGAGGGCCCGAAGAAGAAGACCAUGUGGUUCCUGAUCACUCUGCUCUUCGCCUCGCUCGUGUGCUGGCAGUGGGGCGUCUUCAUCAAGACCUACCUGAGCUGGGACGUCAGCGUCUCGCUCUCGCUGGGCUUCAAGACCAUGGACUUCCCCGCCGUCACCGUCUGCAACGCCAGCCCUUUCCAGUAUUCCAAGGCCAAGCCCUUGCUGAAGGACCUGGACGCGCUGAUGAAGGCCGUGCUGGAGAGGAUCCUGGCGCCUGAGCCCAGCCGCGCCAAUGCCACCGGCGCGCUGAACUUCACCAUCUGGAACCAAGCGCCCCUGGUGCUCAUUAACGAGCAGGACCCCCGCCACCCAGUGGUCCAAGACCUCUUCGACCUCUUUGGGAGCAACCACAAUGGCUCAGCGGGCGGCAGCCCCGUCCCCGGAAGGACCUGCACUGCCCCUGGGUGCAAGUUGGCCAUGAGACUGUGCACCCUCAAUGGGACCGUGUGCACCUUCCGGAACUUCACCAGCGCCACCCGGGCUGUGACCGAGUGGUACGGCCUGCAGGCCACCAACAUCUUCGCACAGGUGCCGCGCCAGGAGCUGGUGCAGAUGGGCUACCCGGGCGAGCACAUGAUCCUGGCCUGCAUGUUUGGGACAGAGCCCUGCAGCUACCGGAACUUCACACGCAUCUUCUACCCUGAUUACGGCAACUGCUACGUCUUUAACUGGGGCAUGACGGAGAAGGCACUCCCUUCGGCCAACCCUGGGGCAGAAUUCGGUCUGAAGCUGAUCCUGGACAUAGACCAGGAGGACUACAUCCCCUUCCUCACGUCCACAGCGGGGGCCCGGCUGGUGCUUCACGAGCAGAGGACCUACCCCUUCAUCAAAGAGGAAGGCAUCUAUGCCAUGGCGGGAACGGAGACCUCCAUCGGGGUGCUGGUGGACAAGCUGCAGCGCAUGGGCGAACCCUACAGCCCAUGCACCAUGAACGGCUCUGACGUAGCCAUCAGAAACCUCUACAGAGACUACAACACCACCUACUCCAUCCAGGCCUGUCUCCACUCCUGCUUCCAAGACCAUAUGAUCCGCAGCUGCAGCUGUGGCCACUACACAUACCCACUGCCCCCCGGGGAGAGAUACUGCAACAACCAGGACUUCCCGGACUGGGCCUACUGCUACUUCGACCUGCGGAUGAGUGUGGUCCAGAGAGAGACCUGUAUCAACAUGUGCAAGGAGUCCUGCAAUGACACCCAGUACAAGAUGACCAUCUCCAUGGCCGACUGGCCUUCUGAGGCCUCGGAGGACUGGAUUUUCCACGUCCUCUCUCAAGAGCGAGACCAGAGCACCAAUAUCACCUUGAGCAGGACUGGAAUCGUCAAGCUCAAUAUCUACUUUCAAGAAUUCAACUACCGUACCAUUGAGGAAUCAGCAGCCAAUAAUAUCGUCUGGCUGCUCUCAAAUCUGGGAGGCCAGUUUGGCUUCUGGAUGGGGGGCUCGGUGCUGUGCCUCAUCGAAUUUGGGGAGAUCAUCAUUGACUUCGUGUGGAUCACCAUCAUCAAGCUGGUGGCCUUCUCCAAGGGCCUACGGCAGAAGCGAGCCCAGGCUCCCUACACCGGCCCGCCCCCCACCGUGGCCGAGCUGGUGGAGGCCCACACCAACUUUGGCUUCCAGCCCGACGCCAACCUCAGCCCCCACGCGGAGGCCCACCCUGAGGAGCAGACUCCGCCCAUCCCCGGGACCCCGCCCCCCAACUACGACUCCCUGCGUCUGCAGCCGCUGGACACCGUCCAGUCGGACAGCGAGGGCGAUGCGGCCUAGACCUCAUCCUUGCCCACCCUAGGGAGCUCAAGGACUUGAAGCCGAGACCAUGGCCGAGGCCUCUUCCUGUGGUGCCCUCUCCAAAGAGCUGGGGCCGUAGGUGUCCAAGGUUAAAGCCCGUUUCCUCUACUGAGAGGCCAGCAGCCACUGGCCAUCCCACCCUGGUGUCUUGUGAGUCACCCUACUGGCACAGGACGCGGGAACCGGGUUCUCGACCGGUCCCUGCCCACCAGCUGUCCUGCCUUUUGGCCUGGGAUGGCCCGCAGGCGCCAGAGACCCUGGUGGCCGGCUACUUCCCUCCCAGUGCCAGGCAUGGUCAGUACCAGGAUGAACAGGCUGGCAGCUGUGCUGCCUGUUUUCUUCACUUGGCCUGGCUGGCCUCUAGGAACAGGGAUAGUGAGGGCACUGCAGUAGAGGACAGGGGAAGCAUCAGGUGGGAAGCUUGCUGGGGACACACACUUGUCUGGAAAAUAAAAGUAGAAAACACUGGA